AUGGAUCAGCAGAGGUUGGCUGCGCUCCUGCAGGAGUCGCAAGUUCCCGACACGCAAAACCUCAAGGCGGUCACCGCCGAGCUUCAGAAAAACUACUACUCUCACCCGGAGUCCCUCCUUCUCCUCAUCGAGAUUGUCGCGACCCACCAGGAUGUCAUCGUGCGGCAGCAGGCAGCCGUGCAAGGUGCCCGGCUGGCCGUCAAGCACUGGGAGAAGAUCUCCAAGGAGCAGAAACCGGCUGUACGCCAGCACCUCGUGCAGGCCACGCUGAAUGAGCAGAGCCCCAGGGCUCGCCAUGCCAACGCUCGCUUGGUUGCUGCCGUUGCUGCCAUCGACCUCGAGGAGGGCGAGUGGCACGAUUUGGUCCCGGCUCUUUUCACCCUGUCGAGCAGCAACGAGGUCGGCCAGCGCGAGGUCGGCUCUUACAUCAUCUUCAGCUUGCUGGAGGAGAACCCGACUUCGUUCGCGGACCACAUGCCCAAGCUCCUCGAGCUUUUCGGUCACUCCCUACGCGACCCUCAAAGCGCCGAUGUCCGCAUCAAUUCCAUGAUGUCUAUCGGCGCCAUGCUCCUGAUGUUUGAGCCGCUCGAGGACGAGGAGUCCGUGUCCACUCUCCAGACCUUGAUCCCGCCCAUGGUCGACGUCCUCAAGGAUGCCGUCCAGACCGGAGACGACGAGAAGACCGGUCAGGCUUUCGAAGUCUUCCAACAAUUCCUCGCCUAUGAGUCCGCCCUGCUUGGCAAAUAUCUCAAAGACCUCGUCCAGUUCAUGAUCGAUCUCGCUGCGAACAAGCAAGCCGACGAUGAUGUUCGCGCCCAGGCGUUGGCCUUCCUGGCCCAGACUGUCCGCUACCGACGCAUGAAGAUCCAGGGCAUGAAGGACAUGGGCCAAGAGCUCACGCAGAAGAGCUUGUUGAUCCUUACGGAGAUUGACGAUGACGAGGAUGACGACGACAUGGGCCCUGCUCGGUCAGCCCUGGCCCUGCUCGAUCAGUUGGCGACUGACUUGCCGCCUCGCCAAGUAAUUGUUCCGCUGCUGGACGCCCUCCCCAAGUUUGCCACCUCCGACGACCCCGGUUACAGGAAGGCCGGUAUUCUUGCCCUAGGCACAGUUGUCGAGGGCGCACCCGAUUUCAUCGCCUCGCAAGUCAAGGCCAUCAUGCCGCUCGCCAUCAACCUGCUGAACGACUCCGAUGUUGGCGUCCGGCACACCGCUCUCAUCGGCCUCGCUCGCUUGGCCGAUGAUAUUGCCGAGGAACUCUCCCCAUUCAACGAGCCCAUCAUGACCGCGUUGGUGAAAAACUUGCAAGCGGCUAUGGCCCCGGCCUCGGACGAGAAGCUUGCCAAGAAGAACAUCGAAAUCAUUCGGUCGGUGUGCGGCGCGCUUGACGCCAUGUCUGAGGGUCUAGAUGCCGAGUUCAUGAAGCAAAACGCCGGCGACCUUGUCGGCAACAUUGGUGCCUUGAUCACCCAUGAUGACUUUAAGGUUAAGGUCGCCGCUUCCGGUGCCAUUGGCGCCAUUGCAGAGUGCCUUGGCGAGGAUUUCAAGCCCUACUUUGAACAGACGAUGCAGGCUUUGGGUGCGUACCUCACUAUCAAGGAGACCGAGGACGACCUUUCCCUUCGCAGCGGUGUCUGCGACUCUGUUGGCCGCAUUGCCACCGCCGUUGGUCCCCAAACCUUCCAGCCCUACGUCGUCGACCUGAUGAGGUCUAGCGAGGAAGGCCUGCAACUUGACAACUCGAGGCUUAAGGAGAGCAGCUUCAUAAUGUGGAGCUCGCUUGCCAAGAUCUACGAGAGGGAGUUCGCACCCUUCCUCCCCGGCGUUUUCAAGGGACUGUUUGACAGCCUGAAGCUUGAGGAAGAGGAAAUCAAACUCAAGCUUAGUGAGGAGGAGAAGGGUAUCGUCGGCACGGACAACGAAGUCAUCACCGCCGGCAAGAAGCUCACGAUCAAGGGCACCGAUGACGAGGACCAGGAAUGGAUGGAUGACGACGACGAGGAUGAUGAGUACGACGACUUCGGCAUCUCGACCGAGGCCCUCGAGAAGGAGGUCGCCAUGGAGAUUCUCGGCGACAUCAUCACCUAUGCUUGCGGAACCCAAGAGAUUACCGAAUACCUCGAGAAGGCCGUCGAGACCAUCUCCCCCUUAGCCGAGCACUCGUACGAGGGCUGCCGUAAGGCUGCGGUCGCGACACUCUGGCGGUCAUAUGCUCGUGUGUGGCAGCUCAUGGAGCAAGAAACCGGUACCAACUGGGAGCCUGGUCUUCCCCUCAAGCAAACUCCAACCGUCACCCUUGUCAAGCUGGGCGAGAUUGUGUGUAAGGCCACCCUUGCUCUGUGGCACGAGGAGGCUGAUCGGACCGUCGUCACCGAGAUCAACCGCAACGUCGCGGCAACCCUGAAGGCUUGCGGUCCCGCCAUUCUCGCCCAGCAGGACUUCGUCAAAGAGGUUGUCACUGUCAUUUCCACCAUCAUCACCCGCUCCCACCCCUGCCAGCAGGACCUUGGCGACGAGGAUGAGGAACAAGAAGUUGAAGGGUCGUCCGAAUACGACUGGCUCGUCAUUGACACGGGUCUUGACGUUGUGAUUGGCCUCGCUGUCGCCCUUGGACCCGGCUUCGCGGAGCUGUGGAAGAUUUUUGAGAAGCCCAUCAUGCGGUUCGCGGCGUCUGAGUCGGAGAACAUUGAACGGUCCACCGGUGUCGGUGUCAUCGCCGAAUGCGCGGCCAACAUGGAGGCCGCUGUUACGCCGUCCACCGAAAAGCUGCUCAAGCUCCUUCUCAAACGUCUGUCGGACACGGACCCCGAGACGAAGAGCAACGCCGCCUAUGCGACCGGUCAGCUCAUUCUCAACUCGACCGACACCAACACCUACAUGCCCCACUACGGCACAAUCCUGCAGAAGCUCGAGCCCAUGCUCCAGGUCCAGGAAGCGCGCAUCAAGGAUAAUGCUGCGGGCUGCAUCUCCCGCAUGACUAUGGCGCAUCCGGAUCAGAUCCCGCUUGGCGAUGUUCUCCCGGCACUGGUCGACCUACUUCCCCUCAAGGAAGACUAUGAGGAGAACUCACCUGUCUACGACUGCAUUCUGAAGCUCUACGAGAGCAACGAACCGACCGUCCAACAGCUUACCUCCAAGCUGAUCCCCGUGUUCGAGACGGUGCUCAAACCGCCAACGGACCAAUUGGAUGACGAGACCCGCGGGACUGUCCGCAAGAUUGUUUUCCUGCUGUACAACGCCAACCAAAACCUCUUCAGCAACAAUCCCGAACUUCUGACGCUCGCUGGGGUUGCGUAA